UUUAUAUUUUAUUAUUAAAAAUAAAGUGUAUUAAUAAUUCAAAACAAGAUUCUGCACAUGUAUCGAUGCUCGCGGCACGUUGGAAUCGGGGAUCGCAGAUAACUCCGCUGGUAGUUAGUUUACGAACAGACUUUAUUUUUUUCUUCUUCUAGCUAAUAUGUAGCACAAAAAUUUAUUGUAAAAAUUUAUGUCGUUAUAAAGAAAGUAACAUUGACGUUGUAGCAAAGUUCCAUACAAUUAUAAACAUGAUGGAAAAGAAAAAUGCUACAGCAGCUCCUGAUAACUGUUUCCCAAUCAAGACGUUUGAUGAAUUGGGGAAUGUGGACGCAUUUUGUGCCACUAAAAGUGCUCAAUAUGCUAAUUUAAUAAAAUCCAUUAUUCAACCGGAAGGGAUCAAGAAGAACUUACAUCGAAUUAUCGAUCGAACGUUAGUUCUGGACUUAAAUUAUGAUGAAAUAAACAGCAAAAAAGCAUUUAAGGACUUUAAAUUCUUAAAUGUUUCAAUAUUCGAAGCCUUGCAAAAAGAUGGUUACAACGUAAAAGAGAAUAUUUGAGAUAUACGAAUAGCCAUUAAAAAUGUCAAAGGAAUUUAUUAUAAACAGCAGUGCAACGACCGGAAGAAGCACAAAAUGGAAGAAAGCAGCAUAUAAUUUUUGAACACUAUAUUGUUUUUGUAAUUUUAAUUAUUUAUAUAAAAACAAAAAAUCAA